UUCAGUCAACGGAAGAAAUAGCUCUUCUUCGAAGAUGGAAUCCGUUGUUUGGGAAUGUGGCUGAUCAACUGGGUACCUUGGCCAGAUGUGCCCUCUGUCAUAAAAUGAAAAGAGACACAAUGAUGUCAUUUUCCCAUAUUGUGAAACCAGAAACAAAUGCCUUUUGUGAGACCCAGCUGACGAGCCUCUGACAGUGCAGAGUAUUGAACUGAUUGAAGAACUUACCAGAGCGAUAGGGAAGGAUCCUUUCAAGCUGGGACCUGCAGGAGUCUGAAGAUCUGAAAUACAUAUCUUGUAGACCUGAUCAGCGACUCUCUCAGAUCCAGGAAGGAUGGCUAUGAAUUGGAUUGUCUCUUAUUUCUGGCCCUUGACCAUGUUUAUGGAGCAUAUAAGUGGGCACAGUUUGUUUUCUUGUGAACCUAUUACCCUGAGGAUGUGUCAGGAUUUGCCUUAUAAUACUACCUUCAUGCCUAAUCUUCUGAAUCAUUAUGACCAACAGACAGCAGCUUUAGCAAUGGAGCCAUUCCACCCUAUGGUGAAUCUGGAUUGUUCUCGGGAUUUCCGGCCUUUUCUCUGCGCACUCUACGCUCCGAUCUGUAUGGAAUAUGGGCGAGUCACUCUUCCCUGCCGCAGGCUGUGUCAGCGGGCGCACAGUGAGUGCUCGAAGCUCAUGGAGAUGUUCGGGGUCCCUUGGCCAGAAGACAUGGAGUGCAGUAGGUUCCCAGAUUGUGACGAGCCAUAUCCUCGACUUGUGGAUCUGAGUUUAGCUGGAGAUCCUACGGAAGGGGCCCCUGUGGCAGUACAAAGGGACUAUGGUUUUUGGUGUCCCCGAGAAUUGAAAAUUGAUCCCGAUCUUGGUUAUUCUUUUUUGCGAGUGCGUGAUUGUUCUCCUCCAUGUCCCAAUAUGUACUUUAGGAGGGAAGAGCUUUCAUUCGCUCGGUAUUUCAUAGGAUUGAUUUCCAUCAUUUGCCUUUCUGCCACCUUGUUUACUUUUUUAACAUUUCUGAUUGAUGUCACAAGAUUCCGUUAUCCUGAGAGACCUAUAAUAUUUUAUGCCGUCUGCUACAUGAUGGUCUCAUUGAUUUUCUUCAUCGGGUUCUUGCUUGAGGACCGAGUGGCCUGCAAUGCAUCUAGCCCUGCACAAUAUAAAGCUUCCACAGUGACACAAGGAUCUCAUAAUAAAGCCUGUACCAUGCUUUUUAUGGUACUCUAUUUUUUUACUAUGGCUGGCAGUGUCUGGUGGGUCAUUCUUACCAUCACCUGGUUCUUGGCAGCCGUGCCAAAGUGGGGCAGCGAAGCGAUUGAGAAGAAGGCAUUGCUGUUCCAUGCCAGUGCAUGGGGCAUUCCCGGAACUCUAACCAUCAUCCUCUUAGCGAUGAAUAAAAUUGAAGGUGACAAUAUCAGUGGCGUGUGUUUUGUUGGCCUCUACGAUGUUGAUGCACUGAGAUACUUUGUCCUUGCGCCCCUCUGCCUCUACGUGGUGGUUGGGGUUUCUCUGCUCUUAGCGGGCAUUAUAUCCCUAAACAGAGUUCGAAUAGAAAUUCCAUUAGAAAAGGAGAACCAAGACAAAUUGGUGAAGUUUAUGAUCCGAAUCGGUGUUUUCAGCAUUCUUUAUCUCGUGCCACUCUUGGUUGUAAUUGGAUGCUACUUUUAUGAGCAAGCCUACCGUGGAAUCUGGGAGACAACAUGGAUCCAGGAACGCUGCAGAGAAUAUCACAUUCCAUGUCCGUAUCAGGUUACUCAAAUGAGUCGACCAGACCUGAUUCUUUUUCUGAUGAAAUACCUGAUGGCUCUCAUUGUUGGAAUUCCCUCUAUAUUUUGGGUUGGAAGCAAAAAGACAUGCUUUGAAUGGGCCAGUUUUUUUCAUGGCCGUAGGAAAAAAGAGGUCGUGAAUGAGAGCCGGCAGGUACUUCAGGAACCUGACUUUGCUCAGUCCCUUCUGAGGGACCCAAACACUCCCAUCAUCAGAAAAUCCCGAGGAACGUCCACCCAAGGAACCUCCACGCAUGCCUCCUCCACGCAGCUGGCCAUGGUGGACGACCAGCGGAGCAAGGCAGGGAGCGUCCACAGCAAAGUGAGCAGCUACCAUGGCAGUCUGCAUCGCUCCCGGGAUGGCAGGUACACUCCAUGCAGUUACCGGGGCGUGGAGGAGAGACUACCUCACGGCAGCAUGUCACGCCUCACGGACCACUCACGCCACAGCAGCUCUCACCGGCUCAACGAGCAGUCGCGCCACGGCAGUGUGCGGGACCUCACAAGCAACCCGCUUACUCACAUCACCCAUGGUACCAGUAUGAACCGGGUCAUCGAGGAAGAUGGCACCAGCGCAUAGAUUGUCCUCCUCCUUGGGAGAACUUGUGCUUUUGAAGAAGCAGGUUUUGUUUGUUUGCCUUUGCAUGACUGAUGGCUGUAACUUUGCUGUUAUCAUGCUUUCAGUCUCGUGCAGAUUGUCCAGCGGGAAAGGAAAUCUUGUCUUUUUAUAUCGCAUCCCACUGGGGGGCAUUCAGGCGUCCACCAUGUCACAAAUUAAUGUCAUCAUCGCGCCAACAAUUAACUCUUCCUUCUAGGUUAUAAAGAGAUUUACUUAUUUGUCUGGUAAGCAUUUUUAUAAAUCUACUUAUUUUGUAUUUAAAAAAAUCCUUAAAUGUGUG